AGCACACUACACUUCCGACAACACGGAAGCUGUGACGUUGCACUGCUGCAUGGAUGAAUUGAAACCUGCUGAAACUCACACACUGACAGUCUGACACAGAGAUAUUGCAGGACUUUACGAAAAUUAGACAUAAAAAUACAAUGGCCAAUACAAACGUGAACACAACUACCUUGUGUCUGUUUGACGUGGACGGGACUUUAACAGCAGCUCGACAGAAAGCAACAGCUGACAUGCAAGAGUUCUUGAGUAAACUGAGACAGCAUGUGAGGGUUGGGGUGGUUGGUGGUUCAGAUUUGGACAAAAUCAAAGAGCAGUUGGGUGAUGAUGUGAUUGAUAAAGUGGAUUAUGUGUUUGCUGAGAACGGUUUGGUAGCGUACAGAUUCGGGCAGCUACACUCUGUGCAGAAUAUUCAGGCUUACCUGGGAGAGGAAAUCUUACAGGAGUUCAUCAAUUUCUGCCUGAAUUAUCUUUCAAAAAUUAAACUGCCUAAGAAGAGGGGAACAUUUAUUGAAUUUCGUAACGGAAUGUUAAAUAUUUCACCAAUUGGUCGAAGCUGUAGCCAACAGGAAAGAAUUGAGUUCUUUGAACUAGAUAAGAAAGAGAAGAUCAGAGAAAAGUUUGUCUCUGUUUUAAAAGAAGAGUUUGCUGGGAAAGGACUAGCGUUCUCCAUUGGUGGACAGAUCAGCUUUGACGUGUUUCCAGAGGGUUGGGAUAAGCGAUACUGUCUGGGAAUUGUGGAGAAAGACUCUUACCAGGUCAUCCAUUUCUUUGGAGACAAAACAAUGCCUGGAGGAAAUGAUUACGAAAUCUUCACAGACCCCCGAACAAUUGGCCAUGUGGUCACAUCGCCAGAGGACACAUUGAGGAUCUGCAAGGAGCUUUUCCUUAGUUGAGAAACAUUAACCACAACCUCCAGACUAAAGUAACAGACUGAAGUGUCUGUGAAACUAUGAACAUCUCACCUGUUUUGUUUCAUUCAAACAAAUGCAAGGUAUUGAAGAAAGCAAAACACAUGCUUUCAUUUUAAAUGGGACCUGGUACAUUUAUUACAAGUUUACUGUUGCUGGUGUUAUAAUGUGCUGAUCUUCAGUGCUUUCUAACUCUACAAGGCAUCAAAACUUUACACUUAUACACUAUACAUUUUUUUUCUUGUAUUCACUCGUCCAUAUGAAACCAGAGAUCUUUCUUUUGCAAUAAACUGAAGAUAGAUGCCAAAUAAUAAGAAAUAAUUGUAUAAAAUAAAUAAUAUGCUUGACCACAUAAGAGAUGAUAGGGUUAAUGGGGUUGUAUAUCUAAAAUUAAAGGGGACAUUUCACAAGAUUUUUUUUAGGAUGUCAAAUAAAUCUUUGGUGUUCUUGCUCAAAAUACCCCACAGAUAAUUUAUUAUAGCAUGUUAAAAUUGCCACUUUGUAGGUUUGAUUAAAAAUGUGCCGUUUUUGGGUGUGUCCUUUAAAAUGCAAAUGAGCUGAUCUCUGCACUAAAUGGCAGUGUUGUAGUUAGAUUAUCCCCUUCUGACAUCACAGGGGGAACCAAAUUUCAAAUAUAUUUUUUUCACAAGCUUGCCAAAACUAAUUUACUGGGUUGAUCUUUUUCACAUUUUCUAGAUUGAUAGAAGCACUGGGGACCCAAUUAUAGGAAAAAGUCAGAUUUUCAUGAUAUGUCCACUUUUAAGUAAAAGACAACAUUUUAGGUCCAACAUUUUGCUCAUUUUGGUAAUAACAGACCUUAUUUACUUUGUAUUCAAUACAAUCAGUGCACAAUGAAUAAGAUAAAGGUCUUUCCCAGGCUUGAAAGCACCUGUACACACUGUAUGUGAAAAUGUUACAUAAAAAUGCGAAAAUUAGACUAAAGUCUCACUGUAAUGAUGAAAUUGGGGGCAUCAAAGUUUGAUUUCACUUUGAUUUUAAUCUUUGGCAUGACCUUACUCAUUUAAUAUUAAAGAAAUCAAGGUUAUCAUUUUACAUUGUGUUCUUUUCAUUAUGUAGGAUUUUAUGAAAAAAAAAAAAUGUAAUUUACUCAAAAAAAAAAGACAGGCGAGAAAUGUCUCAAGUGUUCCCAGAAUGUGCCUGUGUUUCAGCUCAAAAUAUCCCACAGAUCAUUUGUCAAAGCAUUACAAAAUGUCCUUUUUUGGGUGGGGUCUGUAUGUGUUCCUUUAAAUGCAAAUAAGCUACUGCGCUAUUGGCUGUGGGCGAGGCUGUCAGUUUGAUGUCACAAAGAAAUUAGACUACUUUGGUUUAAUUGGGAUUUUUUCAUUGUAGGGUUGUGCUCACACACAUGUAUGUCCAAAUACCUUGCAAAAGUGGACUUUGCAUAAUGUGUGCCCUUUAAUAAACCGCUUUGUGGAGCUGGA